GAGGAGGAGGGAAAGCGGCUGGCUUCCUUUCUCUUGUUUGCGCCUUUUACGCACAAGGACCUGGAACAGCCCAGAGCUUCCGAUUCGCUUCGCUUCUCCUUGUGAGGCCUCCCUGGCUUCCCCUUCUUGGAUCCGGCUUCAAUUCGGAGCCUUUCCCUGGUUGGUAGGGUCGAAGAGAAGGCACAGAUCCAAGGCAGACCAGCGUUGCAUCCAUCCAAGGCCAGGGCGCACGGAGGGACCCUGGACAGCGACUGAGAGAGAGGCCCAAGGGAAUGUGCCUGCCGAUUGCAACACCGCAACUCAUGACUUGCUAAAGGAAACUGGAGUGACCCCGGCUCGGUGUUCGGUUCACCUUCCGCUUUGAGCCUGAGCAUGCAUCGGAAAGGUUACCAGAGAGGAGCAAAGGACUUCUCAGGAAGCAUGGCGGGAUCCUUGUGUUUCCUCCUUGUGUUGCUCUCCUUCCUAGGAUGCAAAAACUUGCGCUCCACCCGACCUGAGCAGGUCCACCUUUCUUACCCAGGAGACCCAAACUCCAUGACGGUCACCUGGACGACCUUUGAUCCCGCGCCAUCCAUUGUCCUCUUUGGCCAGGACCCGGGAGAGGCCUUCAGUCAUGUGGCCAAAGGAAACGCCACGCUCUUUGUGGACGGAGGGAAGUUAGGACGCACCAUGUUCAUCCACAGGGUCACCCUCCGCGACCUGGUGCCGGGACAACGCUAUGUCUACCGUUGUGGAAGUGAGCUGGGCUGGAGCAGAAACUACGUCUUCCAGGCUUUGCUGAACUCCACCGCCUGGAGCCCCCGCUUUGCCGUCUUUGGGGACUUGGGCCUCUUGAACCCUCAAUCCUUGCCUCGGUUGCAGCGCGAGACCGAAAUGGGACUCUAUGACGCAAUUCUGCACGUGGGGGAUUUUGCCUACGACUUCGAUACGAUGGAUGCCCACUUUGGAGAUGCCUUCAUGAGGAAAAUCGAACCCGUGGCAGCAUCAGUGCCGUAUAUGACUUGCCCAGGGAACCACGAGGAGAAAUAUAACUUCUCCAACUACCGCUUUCGCUUCAGCAUGCCUGGGAACACAGAGAGCCUCUGGUACAGCUGGGACAUCGGUCCUGCUCAUAUCGUCUCCUUCUCCACCGAGGUUUACUUCUAUUUGGAUUACGGCCGGGACCUCGUGGCCAAGCAGUUCCAAUGGCUGGAGCAAGAUCUGCAGGAAGCGCAUAAACCGGAGCGGCGCAAGGAGCGCCCUUGGAUCAUAACCAUGGGGCACCGGCCCAUGUACUGCUCCAACAACGAUCGGGACGACUGCACACAGCACGAAAGCAUUGUCCGCUGUGGGCUUGACUCCCACCAGUACGGCUUGGAAGAUUUAUUCUACAAAUAUGGAGUCGAUCUGGAAUUAUGGGCCCACGAACACUCCUACGAGAGGCUCUGGCCGCUCUACAACUACAAGGUCUAUAAUGGCAGCACGGAGGCUCCAUAUACCAAUCCUGGGGCCCCUGUCCAUAUCAUCACUGGAUCGGCCGGUUGCCAAGAACGCCUCGAUCCCUUUGUCCCCGAACCGAGGAACUGGAGCGCUGUGCGGAUCGAAGACUACGGCUUCACUCGGAUGCAGAUCCUGAACCGAACCCACCUUUGGCUGGAGCAAGUGUCUGACGACAAGGACGGGAAGGUCGUCGAUGGGAUUUGGCUCAUCAAAGAGCGGCACGGCCCCGAAGCAUGGCGCACCCGAAAAUGACCCGUUUCUGUGCCUGGGAUUUCCACCUAUUGAUCUCCACUGCAAGAGAUUGCAAGAGAAGAGAUUCUACCGAAAUAUCCGCAAGAAUGUGUUACCUCAAAGGGUCAUGGACACAUGCUCUCUCGUUUUCAAACUGAGUUUGGAUGGCCAUCUGUCGGGAGAGUUUGCAUUGUACUUGGCAGAAAAAAGGGUUGGACUAGAUGACCUUUGGGGGUCCCUUUCAACUCUAUAAUUCUACAUUGAUUUAAGACAGGCUUGAUGUGUGUCAAUUCUCCAUUUCCAAAAUUGCACAAGUAUAUCUUGAUUCAAUGCUAUGGAAUCCUGGGAGUUGUAGUUUGGUAAGGCAGAGAACGGCGGGAGACCUACAGUGCAUUUUCUACGCCGUAUAAUGAAUGUAUUAUGACCCCACUUUGCUCAGUGCUAUGGAUUGCUGGGAGAUGUAGUCUUACUAAGUCCCUGAUCCUUCUCUGCUAAAGAGUGCUACGGAUUCCUGGGAGUUGUAGUUUUACUAAGUCCUCGAGCCUUCUCUGAUAAAGAGUGCUACAGAUUCCUGGGAGCUGUAGUUUUACUAAGUCCCUGAUCCUUCUCUGAUAAAUAGUGCUACAGAUUCCUGGGAGUUGUAGUUUUACUAAGUCACCGAGCCUUCUCUGCUAAAGAGUGCUACGGAUUCCUGGGAGUUGUAGUUUUACUAUGUCCCCGAUCCUUCUCUGCUAAAGAGUGGUACAGAUUCCUGGGAGUUGUAGUUUUACUAAGUACAAAUCCUUCUCUGUUAAGGAGUGCUAUGGAUUUCUGGGAAUUGUAGUUCCACGAAGUCCCGAUUCUUAUUUGCUAAAGAGUGCUAUGGAUUCCUGGGAGUUGUAGUUUUACAAAAUCCCAAGUCUCCUCUGCUAAAGAGUGAUAUUGAACCUUGGGAGUUGUAGUUUUACUAAGCCCUGAGCUGUCCCUGCUAAAGAGUGCUAUGAAUUUCUUGGGACUAGGUCCCAAGGCGUCUCUGUCGAAAAAGUGCUGGUGCCUCACCAAACUACAACUCCCAGGAUUCUGUAUGCACUGAGCCGCGGUGUCUAAAGCGGUGUCAAACCGCAUUUUAUUCUGCAGUGUAGACACACCCUUUGUUGGUAAAGCUGCUGUAAAGAAUGUGAUACAAACCGAAAGAUGACAUUUUCUCAUUGGAUUAAAUGAUUUCAAUCUAGUCCGGCGAUCAAAACCAGAUCAAGGGCGAAUCUUGCUGCCUUCCAGAUCUUUUGGACCGAGGAUCAUUGUUAUUGCUGCUGUUUUUAAAAAUAAAUAAAUAAAUAAAAUAGUUGUUGAUUUAUUCAAAUUUUCUGGCACUUUAGCUACAAUAUUGUGGAGAUAUUUUACUGGGUUGAACCCAACUUUAUUUCAUGGAACAACCACUAUUUGAUGGGAAAAUAAAGCUAUUUCUGCAAAUGGAA